AUGGGCUCUGUGGCUCUUGCACAUGCAAAGAUUUUGAAGCGGUUGCUGUUACUCUCAAGUCUGGUCUCCUGUUCUGCUGCUGCUUAUGUGGAGGAGCUGAACCCGGGCAAGAGUUUCCCUGACCCUGAUCAUGGAGAUGCUGAUGCUUCUUCUCAAGAUACAAGGCUACAUGUUUUCACAGUGGACUAUGACUCUGUGAAAAUUCCCUAUGAAGUUACUCUUUGGAUACUCCUUGCCUCUUUUGCAAAAAUAGCUUUCCAUCUCUAUCACCGAUUACCAAGACUCAUGCCUGAAAGCUGCGUCCUGAUUGCCAUUGGAGCCCUAGUAGGAGCAAUCAUCUUUGCUUCUGAUUACAAAUCUCCACCAGUGAUGACUACAAGCAUUUAUUUCUUGUAUCUCCUUCCACCUAUUGUCCUGGAGGAGGGUUAUUUCAUGCCAACUCGCCCAUUUUUUGAAAACUUUGGGUCCAUCCUGUGGUGGUCUGUGCUGGGAUCUCUGCUAAACUCAUUCGGGAUUGGCCUCUCCCUCUAUGGAGUCUGCCAGAUUGAAGCCUUUGGCCUGACUGACUUGAACCUGCUGCAGAACCUGCUCUUUGGCAGCAUGGUUUCAGCUGUGGAUCCUGUGGCAGCUCUGGUCGUUUUUGAAGAAGCUUCUGUUAAUGAGCAACUUUACAUGAUGAUCUUUGGAGAGUCAUUGCUAAAUGAUGGCAUAACUGUGGUUUUAUAUAACAUCUUCAUUGCCUUCACCCAGAUGCACAAGUACGAAGAAAUUGAAUCCAUUGACGUUUUUGCUGGCUUUGCUCGCUUCUUUGUGGUGGGACUGGGUGGAGUGGUGUUUGGCGUCGCCUUUGGAUUUGUUUCAGCUCUCAUGACUCGUUUCACCCACAACAUUUCUGCUAUUGAACCCCUGCUGGUCUUCAUGUUUAGCUACCUGUCAUAUUUGUCUGCUGAAACCCUUUACAUUUCGGGGAUUUUGGCGAUGACAGCAUGUGCAGUAACAAUGAAAAAAUACGUUGAGGAGAAUGUUUCCCAGAAUUCCUAUACCACAAUAAAAUAUUUCAUGAAGAUGCUGAGCAGCGUCAGUGAGACCCUGAUUUUCGUGUUCAUGGGAGUGUCUACAGUGGGGAAAAACCAUGAAUGGAACUGGGCCUUCAUUUGCUUCACUCUGCUCUUCUGCCUCAUAUGGCGGACACUGAGUGUAUUUGCUCUCUUCUACAUCACUAACAAGUUCCGAACAUAUCCCUUCACCGUCAAAGAUCAACUUAUUAUUUCCUACAGUGGCCUUCGAGGAGCCAGCAGCUUCUCUCUUGCAUUCUUACUUCCAGGGAAUCUCUUCCCGAGAAAAAAAUUGUUCAUUACAGCUACUCUUGUAGUUAUAUAUUUCACUGUCUUCAUCCAAGGGAUCACAAUUGGACCAUUGGUCAGAUAUUUAGAUGUUAAAAAGACGAACAAAAAGGAGUCUAUCAACGAGGAAAUCCAUGUGCGAUUGAUGGACCACUUGAAGGCUGGUAUUGAAGACAUAUGUGGACAUUGGAGUCAUUAUCAACUGAGAGAUAAGAGCGGUAGAAAUCGGCGUGCACACAGGCUCACCCCCGCAGAGGUGGAGUCCAUGAGAGAUGUCCUGGCCCACAACCUGUACCAAGUGCGACAAAGGGCUCCAGCGUACAACCGACACAACCUGCCUACCAACACCAAUGAGAAAGAAGCUCAAGAAAUCCUGAUCCGUCGGCAGCACAGCCUGAGGCAGAGCUGCAGGAAGGGAAACAGCUUACCUUGGGGUGGACAGGCUAGCACCAAGGAAGUACGCUACCUGUCUUUGCCUCAGGGCCCCGCUCGGCACACCAGACGAAAAGCCAGGCAUGUUACUUUUACAGAUCACUGCAGAAAUGGCUCUGAUGCUGCAUUCCCAGUAACGUUCAGACCUCAGCCCCAACUACGGCCAUGGGAAGCAAAGCACAGACAGGAAGAGUUGCUUCCAAUGGCACACUUGGAUAGACGAGCAGGCUCAUCCAAUCUGUCAGGUCAAAGAGGAAAUUCAAUCCGCCAGCAUCGUUCCACCAGAGCAGACAAUCUAGCUCUAAUGUCAAAGUCUCGACUCACUGUGGGAGACAGAGAGAGAUAUGAGUCAGAAGAAGAGACAGAAAUGAUGGCACCAGUCAAGUCAUUUUACAUAUGA